AUGAAUUAAGACUCCUCGAAUCUAUACAAUAAUAUUCACUUUCAUUACAUUAGUCCUGAUGAGGAUAACGACAGAGUAUAUGUAGGAGGUGCCUGCACCAACACCUACAAUUACUAGUCUAAUAUCUUUGACAGUUUGGAAAGGGAUAAUUAUGCUUUUGAUUUAGAGGGACAGCCUCCUUAUUAUGAGGAGCGCGCAUUUUCUCCCUCUCGAGGGGAAUUUAUACUUUCUCAGUUCUAAAAUAACAUCCAUUCGAUCUUUCCCUAGAGCUCUGGCUUCUCCAAGAGAGAUUUAGUAAGAGCUUAAGGUAGAGUGGAUCAAGUGGAUUCAUACUUAAGAACUGAUCUGUCUGAGUGUAUUAGGACCUACUCCUAAGUAACUCACGGCAGUGGAAAAUUCAAUUUAGAUUCACCUAGAUCGUCUAUUUCUAGGAAUUCUAAUAACUAAUCCUUCAAGAAUUUUGAAAAUAGCUUGCCUGAUAAAAAGUUAUUAAAGCAAAUUUUCAAAAUUCAAAAAGGUAACCGCAAGACCUUGACGAAGCGUCUGCGAAAAGAUUACUUCUAAGACGAUUAAAGCUCAGUUGAUCGUUAGACUUGCAAUAACGGCUCAAUUUUGUCUAAGACUUUAAGCCUCUAAUUGUCUACUAUGGCUUACACUCACUAAGACCAAGAAAGUACUCUAAAUCUAAUCAAUCAAGUCAAUUUUAAAGCUGACAACACAAGGAAAUCUCAACAAGAUGAGGAUUCAAAGAAACCUUGGAUUUCAUCGACUCCAUCAAUCUCGAACGAUGUUCGACAAAAAAUGGAGAGUGUAGGAUUCAAAAGUACUUUUGAAAAAGUACUGACGUCUCUCUAACGCGAAGAAAUUAGACAUUUGAAGUCUAAUGCUUUCAGACAAAGACGCCGGGAACUGAAGAGAGAGUUAUCUGAAAGAUAGUAAGUUAAAAACAAAAAUAGGCAGGAAGCUGCUAAGAAAAGAGUUAGAGACAACAAUGGAAAGUUCUAGGAGAGACCUGAGAACUUAGUGAAUUAAAAUACAUAAAAUGACUGUUACUUUAGAACUACUCACAACCUGAUUCCUUAAUCGGCGACUGGCUGCCCGCUCAACCCAACUUUCACUAAUAGAACGUAUUCACCCUCUUCAAAGGAUGAUUAGUCUAAAAGCUUAAGGUCUCCAUCAAUUCCUUUGUUACGAAGAGUUAACUCAGGUCAAAGAUUGAGCCCUAUAGUUUAAGACGAUCAGAAUUUAAAGAGGCUUCUUAGGUCUAAAAAAGUUAGAAAGAACUCCCAGGAGGUUGAGCAUGUGCCAGAGCACAUGGAAUAUACUUUUACCGGAGAGGAUUGA